UCGCAGUCGCGGUGGAGGUAUAAAACUUUUCCUCUAUCGAACUCGUUGACUAUCUCAUAAAUACAUUAUUCUGGCACAUUUCCCGUAGUCAAUAGAGCUAACAAAGCCUAUCAACUACGAAUGUGACAUACUUCUGAGUUUGAUUUCCGAAUUACGCGUAUUCGAUAAAAAAGGAUAAUUCAAGUGUUGGUGCAUGAUAAGUGUUUGGGAGGAAAAAUUGUUCCCUGCAGUCCAAUGUUGAGUUAGGAAGAAAGAAAGUGAGUGAUUGGUGAGCCGAAUGCAGAAAGGAGUAAAGGAAACCGAUGAAAGGGGAAUAGUUCUCGGAAAAGUUACUCGCUUUUCCCGAAUGCUGUUGUUACUGCUGCGUGUGCCAUCGCCGUAGACGCAAGCAACAAAAAAUCUUGUUCACAUCAUCUGCAACAAGACGACGACGCGAGAAGCUAUUUAUAGAACAAACGCAUCUUUGCCUACUGCUGGUCGCAACUCCAAAGGAAAUAUUAGCUGCAGAAGAAACGUGCCGCCUGCUGUUACUGGCACGGCUUUUUUAUUUGGUUCGAAAAUCAGACAUUUUAUCACCUCUUCCUUCCCCUUGCUGAUGGGUUUAGAUCUGGAGGAAAAUACACAAAGGAAGCCGCUGCUAAUAUGACGUCACGUCAUCAUAAUACCAACUUCACGCAUGGUGUAAUGUAGAAACGAAGAUUUCACGUAUGCAGUCUCCUUUGAAAAGGAAAUUUGAUCAACAAAAAUGAAAUGAAAACGAGAAAAUAUUGAAAUUGCGAUGCCAUAAGGAUAAAAAACUGGUUGGGUGGGAGAAAGUAGUGCAAUAUCCGUAACCAAGUUCUAGUCAUCAUCGCAAAAUUACGCGACUACACGGAAAGCAACCAAGCAAAGAGAAAUAUAUACAAGCAAAUAUUUAUUUAGUUCUAAGAGAAGAAAGAGCAGUGCAGGAAAAAUCUCACGGCGUUUAGGGAUACGGUGUGUGCAUUUGGUUCGAUUUAUCGUGUGGGAGAAGAAAAGUAAUUUACCAUAGUGUGCCAUAAAUAAUAGAGUUGCAGAAUUUUUGAAAAAUAUUUGCUAGUGAAAAUCGUCUUGUUAAAUUGAAAUGUGUGACGCGGCAUGGCAAUAAAAGAAGAAUGACAACCUUGUGGUUCGCGAGCAUGAAACCUUUUUCGAUGCUUCAUUCAAACGGCAGCCGAUUGAUUUAUGUUUAACAGUGUCAACCGAAUUUUCACGCAUGGUUUUGUGCUGUUGAUGGCAGAAGUAUGCCUAACACAAACGAAAAUUCACAUUCCGGUUCAACCGGUGAUGAUCUCGGUAGCACGGAUGAGGUGAAAGUGUUUAAAGACGAAGGCGACCGAGAAGACGAGAAAGCCUCGUCGGAGAACCUUUUGGAAGAAAAAUUUAACCUGAUCGAUCUGACGGAGAGCGCGGAAAAUCUGGUGAAAAAUUCUUCCCGACAAGACCUGAGUCCACCGUACGCUGGCGGCGGCAGUGGCGGGAGCAGUGCAGGAAAACUAAACUCUCCAGACCAUUCACCAGGAUUCAACAUGGGAUACCUGCCGCCUUAUCAGUAUUCAAGUGGAACAGUUAGUGCAAUACAGGGUUCGAUGGGCAAAAUUGGUUUGUCACAGUUCUUUUGCAAUGAAGAUCCUCUCUCGAAUCCACCCCCAGCUCAUUGUGGAAUCAUUCCCUAUCAGCUCGAUUCCAAAGCAAUUGGAUUAUCUGCUCGCCAGUCGCUGUAUUCCUUCUCCACUAGUCAGUAUCCGUAUCCCAUAUUAUCCUCAAAUAUGCUACCAGUGCCACCGUCUUGGCAUACACCGUCAAUGUAUUCGACUGCACCCAGCUUCCGAAAUUCCUAUCCUUCUUCCCUUCAGAUCUACACAACAUUAGCUAGCGAUCUAUAUUCACGCUAUCAAUCCUCGACUUUACUAAACUCAGUGCAUCCCCACAAUGUACUAAGCCAGGUGAAACAGGAAGCUUCGGCGGCACAAGAAGGAUCUCACAACUACAGUGUACGACAGGCUCAUCAUCAUGGGCAGGCUGGUAGUAAAUCUACGGACCUGCCACAAGAACUGACGAAUCGUUUUACUCGGCCUUCCAAUAGCAGUAGUGCCGGCGGUAGCAGUACCAGUUCGAGCAGCGGUGGCACCAAGAAAAAAGGAACCAAUGCAGCUAGUCAACAGCAAAAUCUUAAACCACAUAUCAAGAAACCUUUGAACGCAUUUAUGCUUUAUAUGAAGGAAAUGCGAGCAAAAGUGGUGGCCGAGUGUACAUUGAAGGAGUCCGCGGCUAUUAAUCAGAUCCUAGGUAGAAAAUGGCACUCGCUUUCUCGUGAGGAGCAGAGUGUGUACUAUGACAAAGCCCGUCAGGAACGGCAGUUGCAUAUGGAGAUGUAUCCGGGUUGGACGGCACGGGACAACUACGGAUAUGGGGCGAAAAAAAAGCGGAAAGCGAAAAAGAAAGAUCAGUUGGGGUCGGAGGCGGCUAGCAGGCGAAAGAAAAUUUGUAUACGAAACGAGGAGUCCGACAACUAUGAUGGUUCUCGUAUGUCGGAUGAGUACAUGGGGAGUUACGGUACUGUAGUGUAAUAUUAAACUAUUCGUCACCCAAUCAAAAAAAAAACAGCAACAAGCAACAAAUCCCACGCAUACAAGACUUAAACAAAACAACCAAACCAAAUUAUAACAAGAACAGUCACGUGAUCCUGCCUAGGUCCAAAGUCUAGUUUUAUACGAUGUACUACUACUGUCUAGAAAACCAAAUCUCACAUCGUUACAUUUACUUUUAGCUAAUUUAUUAUUAAAUUUCAAUAUUUGAGAGCCAUCGUGGGAUGAUAUUUUCGCACAAACUCAAUUGCCGAAGCUUUAAAAAUUUCUGUUGUAAGAAAUUGUUCUUUUUAUGAUUUUUUUUUUCGGGUCAAGAUAACGUUUUUGUACUUAAUUAUCAUCUGCUCGUUUAGGCCGUACUAUACUUAAUUAUGUUUGCAAGUUGAGCAAACAGUUAAUAAACUGCAGGUGAACAUACUGAAACAGGAAACACAGCGAUUUCCCCGCCGGUAGAGGACGGGAUAUUAUGUGACGAAAUACUUAGUAGGUAAAAAAUAACAAUCUGUGGUGUUUUUAAAAUAAUUGAAAGUGAAACCAGUGACGAAGAUACGAGAAUGAUAAGAAUGAGUAUGACAAGUCUUUAUGCGUAAGUUUAGAAAUGAAACCAAAUAGGUAUAUAGAUAUAGGUAUAUUAAGUAUUUAGAGGAUAACCAUUUAACUAACAUGUAAGUAAGUGUUAGCAGUAACUUAAAGAAAACCGGAGUUCAGCAAUAAUGGUAUCUAUCAUUUGUGUAAAUGAUGGUUAUUGUUAAAACGAAACUGAAAUAAAAGUAAGAAUGGGAAUAAAAACCAGAAGUACACCGGCAUUGUUUGCCGUACGGUUUGUAAGACAAUUCAUUUCCGCCAAGGCAAUUAGGAUCUCUUUUGAGGUGGGAAAAUCUGAUAAAAGAGGGAAACAUCGUAUCUUCAUUGCGAUACCAUGCAAGGGAAAUCAAAUGACUUAAUUUCAGGAAGUUUGUAAUCUUCCGUUAUCAACGAGCUUAUAGGAAAAUUAUGGUACUACUUGAGCGGAAAUGAAUUGUUACUUAAUCACCCUUUACGAUUCGCGUUUAAAUUUCGGAUGGUAUCAGUAUUUCUGUUCUGCAAAACGCUUCGUGGUCGUCAACAUAGAAAACGAUGUUUUUGCUGUUACUGCUGCUGCGGCUGUUGUUUGGAAAAUUUAUUCUAUUGAAAUGUUACGACUCUUAGACGAAACACAUUUUAAAUUCCAAUUUUAGUUCAAAUUAAACAAGCUUCACGUAAAAGUACUUUGGAUCCUUGAACACUCAAAAUUGCUUAUUCCUUGAUCUGACAUUUUAGGCACCUUUCUCAACCCCACGUCAACCUCAACCGAUGCGAGAUCUGGGAAAUGAUUAUUAAUACAUCAUCCUAGGGAUGGAAAGGAAAAUCAACAGUUUCCACGCUUGAAAGAUAUAAUUUGGUUUAAAUCGGAUCGAAAUUUCCUACCUCCUCGUGUGCCAUACUUUCUGCAUUGCUUUUUUUUGCCGAUCUCACUUCCCCUCUAUAAUUUGAGCUCGAUAAUCCUGAUAACCUUCAGAAACAGAAACACAGGCAUAUCAACGUCGGCGGUCGUCAGCAGAAUACCGUCGUCGUCCUUGUCGACGUUGUCGGGAGCGAAAUUCUCUAAUUACCGAGGAAAAGACUCCCUCUUGCUGCUCAUGCAGUGACUAGGUUUGUUUUCUUAUAUUGCCACGAGGAUACAGCUCAUGAUGAUGCUGCUGGCGCUCCUCCCGUCAUUAUUGUUGUUGUUAGUCUGGCGGUGAACCUAUAUUUCUUCCGUCGGAACCUUCGGGUGGGCAGCGACGAGAGCAGUGCGGAAACAAGAAAUCGCUUCAUGUGUUUCGAAUGAAUAAUUUUAAUCUUCUAAAUUAGAAUUGAGGGGAGGAAUCCCUUUUUACUUCGCCUCGGCUGCUACUGCUGCUGCACACGGACCGUAUGAAAUGGAUGCUACAUUUUCAUGUGGCUGCCAUUGCUGUUACUCCUUGGAAAAGAACAUCAUAUCUAUAUGCGAUGCUCUUGAUUGUGUGCGAUGAUGUUAGAAAGGAAACAAGACUGAUAUUUGCAUUUUAUAAGUUGACCUCACAGUGGGUCAAAUGGGCAUUGUGUGUUCCGGAAAGUAUCUCGUUUUAUACUGAUCUAUUUUUUGUUUGUUUUCUUCCUUUCGUAGUCUAUGUUGCGGCUCGAUUCCAUUGUGGAAGAAUAUUAGUAGACUGAUUUCAGGUAAACAAUAAACACGGCAUUUUAUGUCAGAUCAGCAAUAUACUAUUUUCUGAAUAUUUCCACCUAUUGUGCAUAUCAUUAUGUAGUUUACUUAGCAAAUAUAUUGCUACGAAGGAAUUGUCAAUUCAAUUCAUGCCAACAUGACAAUUGUAUUACUGCUGAAUGCUUUUCGUUCUCUUCAUUCUGUUUAUCUGUUGAAUCGGUCAAGUACCAAUUUGUAGAAAUAUCCGACCAAGUGAUUAAUGGAACUUGUUUCUGAUAUUUUAGCAAGUCAUUUAUAAGCUGCUAUUUUUUAUUGUAAUUCGUAAAAAUCCAAUUUUUCAGUUUGUCCGAGGCUGCUUUACAAAAGGGCAGUAAUAUAAAAUGUUCUUGCUCCAGGAUAUUUUUAGCAUAUGCAGAUUCCCGCUCAAAACGUGUACUCUUUGUAUGGGAAGGACUCGAUAAACUUUUAGAUUAGUUUUCCGGAAAAAUAAAUAGUUUUACAACAACAUUCCAUAUCCAUUGCCUUUCGCGUGUUAAAUUAAAGGUUUGUAUUUUGCGGGUUUACUUAUAGAAGGUACGUAAAUCUUUAUAUCGCAAUAAUUUCUGCAAGAGGAAAUCCAAUCAAAUGUGUCAGUGGAAGUAAGCUGAAACUGAAAUAAUUUUUCUCGAGCAGUUUUAAGGAAAACGGAAGAGUUUUAGACUAAGAUUUUCGCUUUUCUUGAAUUGCAAUUUUAAGCAGAAUGAACUGGUUGGUUUAUUUUUCAACCAUAUGGAGAACUUUUUGAUUAAAAUCAGGAAAAGAAGCGCCGGUAUUUGUUUUUCGCACACAUAGUUGACAUUACUCAUAUGCUUGCAAAGAAUCUUUUUUUUUUCAAGAUAUUUUUAUGCAGGCCUAUUUGCGUACAACUUUACGUGGCCGAUUGAGCCGAUUUUUUAAAUAUUUUUUUUUAUUUGGAUCUCGUUGUCACUCUUUUUCUAGGGGGAGAGGAGCUUCCAUUUCCCUCCUGCGAGGAUUGAGGGGCACUUCGUUCGUGGUUCGUCUCGUCAUCCAUUGCCGCAUCGAUGGUAUUGUUGUCGAUUUCCGUCUUCUUUUCGUAGCUAGUUGCUGUAGAUGCGCCUUGUACAUUGUUUGCAGUUGCUGGUUGGUUGGAGGGUAAGUCGUUAACUGCAGCUGGUGUACUUUGUUCUAUAGGGGAUGAUGAUGGAUUCGUUGAAGGGGAUGCAUCAUUGUUGUUGGUGGCUGUCACAGGUGUACUGGGGUUGCUUGGGGUUGGUGUGAAGAAAGCACCGUUGUCCUAUGGUGUAGUUGUCUCCUUGUCUAGUUUAUCACAUGGUUGACUAUAAUGAACAGCUUUUUGGCAAUAUUGGCAUGUUGCCAUCUGAUAGGUCAUGGGUAACAAGUGAUUUGCAUGGAAUUCUUGUAUCUUGACCGAAAGUCACAUAAGAAUGUAUAGGCCUCUUCAAGCGCAUGCGUAACAAACGUACGCCAUUUAGAAUACCGGGGAAAAAAUUCUUGCACUUUUCUUUUUCGAUAGAGAAAAUCUCUCCGUAUUGGGACAUAGAUUUGCGAAUAUAUGAACCGGUGACGCUUGAGUGAAGAUCAUGCACCUGCACUUCUAUAGCACUAUCAUCCAUAUAUACUGGAAUGUUGUACUUAAUGUUCUCGUGCUCCACAUACUGCACAUUGUUAUUGUCUUUUGCGAAUUGAAUUGCAUCCAACUCUUUAUAAAACUUGAUGUAAACCACAUUAUUUGUCUUGUUGCCUUGAAGUAAAUGCACACGUUUAGUUUCAAGAUGCAUUUGCUCCUUAAGCAAACCUUCAAGUUCUCGUAUCGAAGGUCGAAUUUUGCACUGCCUGAAGUCAACAACAAUUGUAUUCUUUCGUGUCGGCGGAAGCUUUUGUUCGUUUAGUUCACUCAUUUCGAGGUCGUUCUAUUGUUCACUACACAAUACUGUGCUUGGUUUCUUCUGUCCCGAACGUAAGCGGUUUUGUUUUAUCGACUGACUUGGAUGAGAUGUGAAAGCGAACUGCAAAGAGUCUUGCUCCUUAAAUAAAGCCGAAAAUGCCUUCACGGGAAGUUGUGGACGAAAAAUUUUGUGAAACAGGUGUCAAUUUCACCGAAACGAGUCCGUUACAGGUUGUGAAGAAGCCCCUCGGUUAAUUUAAUAUGUUUUUAAAGUCACGUGUAGUUGUAGCGUACGGCUGACUCUUUGGAAACGAGUUUCAAAUAGAAACGCGCUGAGCGACACUCCAGUGCUCCAUGAUGGAAAACUACUAGAUGAAAAUAAACCUUAAUUUCUCACUCUUCUCACAACGAUUGGAAAAGCGCACUUUGCUUGCAUGGUGUGGAAUAAGUUUCUUGCUUGAUAUGUUUCUCAGCAGUAAUAUGUGUAAAUGGAAACUUCCCUCGUAAACGAAGUAUUUUUGCUUCUUCAUUUCGAGCGUAAAAUAAAAACAACUUUGAGUUGCUUAUGCCGUUUUCGUUUUUGAACCUACACGCGGGCGACUCUGACUCCGAGUAAAAAGAACACGUGGUACGCGCCCUAAACAACAACUCAUAGAAAAAAGAAAAAAAUAAACAAACUCGCAUUGAUUUCGUGGUGCGACCCGAGAAAAUUUUCAGAGCGAAACUACGCGAUUGGAGUCCGAUCUAGAGCUGGAGCGACCCCAGGUUGCUAAAACAAACAUCUCAAAAGUUGUUUGGGUGACUUAGGAUCAGCUCUCGGGCUACUCUGAUCAAUAAACGAAAACGGUAUUAGUGUCAGUAGGAUCGUAGUACCAGCCAUGCAAUCAUCCUGUACUCUAAAAAUCGGCUGCGAAGUCUGUUGAAACAGAAAGCCAAUUCCACAAAAGGAAUGAAAUGCCAAGACUUUGCUUUUGAUCGAAGAGAAACUAAAACCGAUAAAAUCAUCGCAAUCGAUUACUUUUUGCAUGUAUGAUCUGGAAAAUCUUCCCGAUUACCAACAGGAAAAGUUUUGUCUAUAAAACAUUGUUCAUACAAAAAUACAGGAUAUUCGUUAUUUUUCGGUAUUAUCGACCACCCUAAGCAUCUUAAAACUAUCGCAGAGCGCAGGAGAACUGAAAUGUUGUUGUUUUUGGAAGGCGCCUUUCUAAAUUUGCUACUGUGGACCAUUGAUUUGUGAGAAGCAAUGCAUGCAUUAACUUCUAUUAUUUGUUUCACAUCGCAUUAUUUUUCUUUACUUUGUCUCUAGAAUCAAUGAUUCACUUCUCGUUGUUCGAAUGAGAACUAGACUCCAUUUGUUCCCAAGCUGCAUAGAGCAUAUUAUUAUUUAUUAUUAUUAUUUUGAUAAAUUUACUACACACACACAAAGGUAUCCCUAACCAUUCCCGCGUGGUAUAACCGCACAGUGUUCCAUAUUUUGAAAAGGUUGGAGACGUAUUUUGCGUGCAAUAGUCGGAGAGGUCGCGUAUUUACACAACUCAAAUGCAAACAACAUUGUAGCUUCGUAAGCAUCAACACGCGGGGCGAAGCUAACAACAACUGUCGGUUGAAGAUGUAAAUAGAAAUGUAAACAAUAUCAUCCCUAUACCUUCUCAUACCUACUAACAUGUUCCGCCCGUUUCUGAGUCUGACAGGCGGCGACCGACAACGACGGCAAAAGCUUCCAGUGUAAUCUGUUUCAGCUGGAAAAAUGGAGCGGGAAAAGACCACACGAACCCAUAGCUGCUUCUGUUCGGAUCAGCUCGGUUCGGUAACGAUGUCGACGGGAGAAGGAUGCGGCAAAGAGACGAGCUUAAUUGUGUAACGUAGAAGAGUUUUCCGAUUGUUUCUAGGGAGAAGGGAUGUAGGACAAAGGCGGAGAAGAUAGAAUUGAAAUUUAAAUCUACUCUCGUCCUCAAUUCAAUCUCCCACUAUCCCGGAAAAAAUCAUCCUGGUGAACUGUUUUGUUACCCAAUGUGUUGUUUUCCAAAAUGAAAGGGAGGCCCAACAUUAAUAUGGAACAAAGAUGUGUUGAUUUUGAUAUGUUUGAUACCUUGGGUUGGUGUAUAGUAUUCUUACAAUGUUCGGUUUCAGUGAAUGCCGGUUAGGUAAGGUGUUUCCAAACAGGUGUAGAGAACACUUUCAGGUUUUUGUUCGAAAGGUUACUACUUCAGAAGCUUAAAGUUCGUCUUCUACGAAAUGUGAUAUCCUUUGCUUUUUGUGAAAAGAUGUUGAUUUGUUGUUUUUUAACUUUGGAUAAAGAAUACUUGGCUUCUCGUUGAUGAUAUUCAAUGAUAAAUAAACGAGAUAAAACAAACCCUGAUAAGCUUAACAAGAUGAAAAUUUUAAAAAAGCAUAUGGUAGUCGAAAACAAAUUGCUGUCUCAGUUGAAACGUCGAAGCGGUUUUAUUGAUAAAGUUAUUGACAGAUUGCAAGACACAUGCGAAAAUCCAUUCCACAAUCCAUAGUUUCACUUGCAACGAAUUGUUACAUCUGAUAUCAUACAACAUAAGAAGAACACAGCCAGUAAAUUUUGUCACGAGACGCCAUUGAUUUCUGCGCUUUUGUUUCGAUGCCAGUCCCACCUGUUCUGGACUUUCGACAACCGGAUACACAUUUUUGAUUAAUGCACUUAUUGCUUGCAAGCAAUUUCUAUAAACAGUUUACAAAUUGUAAGAAAAAUUUUGCAUAUGUGAACAUUACUAGCUUUUCCCAAAAAUUCAAUCCAAUAAAAAGUUAUACCCAAAAAAGGUACUGCAUUUUUUUCGAGUACAGUGUUCAGUACUCUUACUAAAACAAAAUAUUGUCUCAACACUUCGAUUCUGGUAGAACAAUUAUGAUAAAUAGUAUUUGAUAAUAAGGCAUCAUAAUUAUUUAAUCUCUUUGAUUCCCCGAAUUCGUGAAUUCCAAUAAAUAUUGUAUUUCUUCGUUCGUUACUUUCGUUCUUCCCAUUCAAUCCUACCCAUAUUUUUCUUUUGCCCAUCUUUUUGUGUCGUUAGUAUUUCUCGCUCACUAUCAAGACGACUCGAAAAUAUAAAUUUUUGCAUAGCUUCAGGCCAAGUGCUUGAAGAGAUUUUCAAUAUCGAAGUACGCAUACACACACAAAUGUUCGCCAGCCUUCAGUUUAUGAGUUCAUCACAUUUAUUUCCCCAUGCUACCACCACUUGAGUCGAAAUAACCGAAUUCGCAACCAGUCUGACAUAUCCUUGUCAUCGUCAACAAGCUUCUACACACUUCCAUCCUACUCCAAUAGUCAAACAAAAUGAUCCUUCCUCGAAUGGCCCUUCCUCGUCUGUCCCAAAUUGAUUGUAUGGUUUCGGGUUGGAGGCUCGUGUGGGACACAUAGCAUUUACAUUCGACCAACCGACUAACAAAGAUAUUCUACCCUGCCACUUCGCUGAGAAACAUUUUGUCGUAUAUCACCUUUGGAAACAGAGAAGUGAUAGGGUGUCUCCGGUAGAUAUGCCGUUCCGUUUUAUGUCUAAUCUUUAGGGCCGUAUCAUCCGGCAAGUAAAUCAACGUUGUUCAUUUUAUUUCUGUGCAUUCGUGGCUUAAACGUGAUUGUUCUUAUAUUGAGUACAUAUGCUGAAGGGAAACGUUUAAUGCCCAACGUAGGAAAAAAAGACAUCACCGGCUAAAUGAUCAGUGGCGACAUGUUAGGUUCUAUCAAUCAAUUAGUGAUGAAACAAGAAUUUUCUCAAACAAAUAUUUCUUCCUUUAAUUUUUCAAAAUCAUCCAGAAUUUCAGAAUUGAAUAGCAUGAUUCGAAGAUGAAGAUAUUUAAUUUCAAAUUUAUAUUUGUCAAUCAAUACUUUUCCACCAAUUUCGACAAUGGAUGUAUACGAAUUUACCGCGAAAUUUUUCUUCCCAUCGCGUUUUUUUUUGCAUGAAUAUCUGCUUAUUAAUAUCAUUUUUGUGUAUUACAUCAACGUUUUACAGUACAAGUGUUUUGACCCUUGGGCCUUUCAUCUUUGUUGUUCUGAAAUUUUUGUUUCCAAAUUUGACAACCCUAUAAACCAUGUUAGAACCAAAGCAUUAGCGAUGGUAAUUCGCAGCCCUAUCGGCAUCGGGAAAAGCGGCCGAGAUGAGGUGAUGAUAGCUCCCCAUGAUGAGCAGAUGAUGAUGAGCAUGUCGAGAGGAAACGUGGGACAGACGGUGAAUGUUACUCCGGAUUGCUUGUACAAGCCGGGAAGUGCGUGGUUGGAACAGGAAGGUUGAAAUUCGAGCGGUGGCAGCAUUUCAAAUUGUCCGACCAAAGAGAGCGAAGGAUAAAAGUUAAAUAAACAAAUAUGUACUCCAAUGUAUAAAUAACCAAAACAAAACAAAAACAAAAAGAUUAAUGUUUUGUUGUGAUGUGUGUUGGUAUAGUAUGCUGUUCGAACGGAUAUACAAAAUUGGACCGCUCGCUGACUCGGUCGGUGUUUUUUUCUGUUCAGAGCUAUUUGGCAGUGUGCGCUUCGCGCGGGUAAAUGUUUCUCUGCUGAUGGCGGAAACCGAAGUUCGGGCGGCUUAUUGGAUAAUUCACAUACAUAAAGAAAUCACAAUCAGCAAAGAAUUUAUUUUUUAAUGUGAAUACAUGUAGAAAAUUUAGUAUUUGCUCUAUUAAUUUAAACUUUGCUUGGUCAUCCUUCCGUGAAUGGUACAAAACAAACAGAUGAUAUUUGGAUAUUCUUGAAAGUACGAUGAACAUGAUUUAUAAUUAAAAAUAUCCAUACGCCCAUGCAAAUAACUAUAUAAAGGUAAGAAAUAAAAAAUUGACCACAGUUCAACAAAACUUUGCGCCACCAACCAGUAGAUUUCCAUAAAACCUAUUAUUUGUGAUUCAUCAAUGUAUCAAUCGUACUUUGCGAAUCCUGAUUAUGGUCGUCCGACGGUAUGCGUGACCGUAAAGUGCAGCAGAAGCUAUACCCGUCCCCCUAGGGUAAAAUGUUCUAUUCGUUCCGCGCGUUGGUACCGAAGAAUGCUGAAAUCGGUCAAGCAGCGAAGAGGUAUCUGUACCGAAUAAGCAUAAGUAAGCAGAAAGGUCAGCUGAGACCGAGAUUUUCUGAACAGCAAGCAAUCACCCAGACGAAGCGGCUGAAGGUGCUGACCAAAAUUGUCAUUCCGGUGAAAUGUGACGUCAUGAUAAUAAUACAUAGAUGACGAGACCUACUUGAAGCUGAAAUGCAACAACUGACAGUCAACCAUAUACUUUACGUAUGUAAUGAUGCCAAUUCUGUUUCCCAUACCAAGAUCCUGAUGAAAGCUCACAUAUAAGACGAAUUUUUCAUUAGGUUCGCUACGGUAUUGGAUAUACAUUUUUUAUGUGGCUGAUUGAUACAAAAAAUCUGAUUACACGACUGUCUAUUCUACAAUCGUCAAUGGAUUACGGUGCUAAACAUAUGUCUAUCUAAACCAAUGUCUGAAUUCUUCAAGUAUCAUCUAUUGUAAAUCUUUGAGUAUUCAGAAUUGUAAAUACAGGUUAUUCACAAUUAAAUAAUAUUAUGGCCUUUAAGUUGCCUCAAAAGUAACUUAAAUGCUAAUUUGCGUUUAUAUGCUGUCAUAAUCUAGCAUUGGUCUUUGCUUCUGGGUCACCUGGAUAUUCAUCUUGCUCGGAUCGGAUGUACGUUUGAAUUGGGAGGUCAACUCACUCUUACUUAAAAAAACAUAUUCGGUGAAAAUUCUCAAUAUAUUGCAUGUUGUUACUAUCAAAAAUUUGCAAACAUUUGCAAAGAUAGUAUUACCGACGAAUCGUCAGGUGAAAAAAGGCAACGAGGUAUGGGGGUAUGCCAUUCCCGUGUUUGUUAUUUUAAACCUAAUUACCUAUAAUUACUAGAUAGGGUGAAAACUGCCUACUAGUGAAAGAAAUAUGUAUGUUUUUUUUAUUUCUUCACCAGUACAUUCAUUUCAGCGGUUUUCCAAUUUUUCCGUCCGAAAAGUAAUUUCCAGGAAAGUCUGCAAAACACCGGAAACAAUUUUUUGUUUCGCUCUAUGUGAGGCCGUUUCGCAACGACUUCAGUUUCCAAUCGCUCCAAUAAUACUAAAUAAAUUGAAAUAGUAAAUUUAGCGAAGUUACUUUCGGAAAAAUAAUUCACUCUCAUUGAAGAAUGGCAAAAUACAUAGAAGCACUUGUAUUAAGAAGCGCACUCUAUGUAAAAUUUGUUUGUCUACAAAUUGCUUCAAUUCAUAGAUCUAUAUCUUCAGAUAAAAUAAAUGCAAAGUUUCAAAGUCGUAUUUCUUAUAUUUUCGGAGAAACAUAGUUUAAGUUGAAUUUACUUUCGCCAUGCUAUUCCUUUGAAGCACCUAAAUUUUGUAACCCGUUUCUUGAAACCGCCCCUUUAUAUGAUAAAAAGAAAAUGACUAUACCAAUUGGCACGAAUCUUUUUUAAUUCGUAAGAUGAAGCAAGCACCCUAUUUUUGUCUUUCUCAUAAAAAAGGUUCACUGUAAAACCGAGGUCCAGAUUUCUUCAAGUACGCAAAAUGUACGCACCAGUUUUUUUGCGAUCCCAUACAAAAUUCCUGAAUAUGGUUUAAAUCCGAAUUCCGGUUCGCGAAUUAUGGAGUAAAAUGUACAAAAAAAUGAAAAUAUGUGUACUAACUUUUCUCGGAGAUGGCUGAACCGAUUUUCCAUUUUAGUUUCAAAUGAAAGGACUUGUUGCUUCAUUGAAAAUUUCUGAAUCUCAUCUUGAUCCGACUUCCGGUUCGGGAAUUACAGGGUGAUUAGUAAAAAAAAUCAAUUUCGAAUUAUUUACUUUUCUCACAGAUAACAAAUGAAUGGUCUUAUAGUUCUAUACAAUAUUUCUGAUUUUCAUCUGGAUCUGACUUCCGGUUCCAAAAUUACGGGAUAAAGAGUGUUGAGCAUUUCAAGCAGCUAUACAGAGCAGUGAUACACGGAAAAAUUAGGUAGUUGAGGGCUCAAAUUAGUCCCAAUUGAAUAGGACUUGUCAGUUAACGACAAAAUGUAUCCAUUCCGGGUUUCGGAAGCACCGGAAAUUGUGAUCACAAACUCUAAAAUGGAACGAACACACUUUUCCCAGCGAUGGCUUGGCCGAUUUUUAAAAAUUUGGUUCAAAUGAAAAGUGUUAUGGUUCCAUACAUAACUUCUGCAUUUCAUCUGGAUCUGAUUUCCGGUUCCGAAAUUACGAAAAAUCAAAGCUGUCUUAUAAAGUGCACCGGUACGUAUAUUCUCUGGUACGGGAGAAGAAAACACAACACUGCCUCUACGAACGAAGCACGCUGUAUGUGGUUUUCGAUAUCUAAAAGAGAAGAAAAAGAAAACCAACACCUUAGCUCGAUUUUAAAAUCAUAAGCGAGUCCAUCGGCACCGAGUAUACAUGAGCAUGAGUUUUUAUAAAUAACGGUGCAAGCACAAGUGUCUGUUACCGAUGUGUGUUUUUGUUGAAUAUGGUGCUCAUAGCCACCUUAAGAGAUGUGCGCCCGAAAGAAAGAAAUAAUUUCAAUGAAUUCAAGUUUGUUUGAAAAAAAUGUACAUAGGAAUUGCAUGCUUCGUGAAUUAUAUGAAAUUUUUACAGGCGGCUGUGAUAUUACUAUACCGGUGGUGGUGUCAAUGAAAACUGUUAAUACACAGAAAGAAAUUAUGAAUUUUACAGCUGACGUAAUUCUACAAACGAUACAAUUCAUAACUUGUCAAAUGAUGCAAUAUUUCAUUCGUACAUAAUUUUACAGGCUCCGAGUGUUAUGUGCCCUCGGCUACCAAGUGCUGGUGCUUGGUUUUAUAUGUAUCAAUUACUCACUGUGCUUCUGUGAUUCAGUCGAUUAACUGAAGUGCUUUGUGAUUUGAUGUUUCUCGGUUCAAGUCGAUCGAUCUAUUGUUUUUUAUUUUAUUCGAUUUCAAGCCAUGUAAUUUUCAAAUCACACAAUUUUACAUGUUCAAGCAACUGGAAUUAAAAUGAACACUUUGUCUCUAUAAUUAAUAUUUAGAAUGAAAUGGGGUAGAUGGUAUUAAAAAUUCUACAAAUUUCUUGAAACUAGCCAGUAAAUUCUUCUAACAUGCAGGGCAUAUUAGGUUAUAACCAAACAAACUAACCGUGAUUGACCCGGUCGAACUUUGAUUCAAAUAAUUGUCUUAUUAUCCUAUUGGAUGAGGUUGAAUAUGAUCUGGAACCGACUUCCAGGAUAAUGCAAGCUGACAAUGUCCAUCCUUCAUAUGGUUGACGACACAAAAAAUGUACGAUAUUUUUGAAGCAGAUUGCAAAACUAUUCGAACUGCCUAACUUAUUCAUGGCCCUAAAAACUGGCAACUAUGACAGUCUCCCUAUUCCGGUUUUGGAAACAUUUAUUCAAAAUGUCCAAUAUGAAACUUGCAUUGAUUUCCCGUGUAAUGUUAAUGAGAAAGGUACCAUUACACAAGGGGUAUUAAAGCAGGUGUUGUAUAUAUGUUUGUAUGUUUAUUUGUAGCUAAAUAUUUAACAUUCAUAUAGUACAUGAGGCUCACGCACUUGAGACAAAUCUCUUGAUCAAUUCUUUUCAUCAUUUAGAUGUACUAGAGUUCAGCUUCGGACAAUAUUUUUUAAAUCAUCUUCGAGAAAUACUCGUAAUGUUCUUCUCGUUGUUUUGCGGUCUGUUUUGGAUUCUCCGGUCUCUGCCUUGAAGUUUGGUGACAUAAAUUGACUAGAAAAUUAUUACAUAUUCAGUAAGAGUUCAAUGAGAAACCAUUGAUGUAUGGGUAUCCUCAAAGUUGAUAUUCAUGUUUUAGUUUAACUUUUGAAAAAAGAAAGACAGAUUAGGAAAAUUAAGAUGCAAAAACAACAUCUUACAAACAAGAGGCAAAACCCAAACCUUUCUUACUAUCUUCAACCAUAUUUUGUCUCAUUGCCACUCAGUAGUUUGAAUAAAUGAGAACUCAUGCAAACGUUUCAGAAGAGCGAUAUCAUCGUUUGAAAAUAAAUGGUAGAAUUUUAAAAUUAAAGCUCUUCUUAUACGUUACUGAAGCUAGACCACGAAGAUAUAUUUUAUCAAAUCGACUUGAAUACCUACUAGAGUUUGAUCAAAUUGGAACCACAGUAGGUGAAUUUCAGAAUUAUUUUCAACCUUCCGUGAUUGAACUCGUAGUUAAAUGUAACUUGUUACCGCAUAAAAAUUUUUGUUGUUAUUUAUCUUACUUACAAAAGUUUUGCACCGUUUAUAAUAGAAAUAACAUAUUAACGUUGACUUUGAAGGAAAAAAGAGGUAUUUAAAAAUUCAAAAAGUCUGUGGAGAAGGACAAGCAAAGCCUGUUUAAACAGACUUUGCAGCCGAUUAAUAGUGUGGGUGGAGUUACUCUAAAUAGAAACAACAAAGAUACUCCUAAAACCAACUUUGAAGUUUUCCACAUUUCGGUAUUGUUUACUUUUUUAUUCAUGUGUAAAUGUUUUGAAUACUAAGGUCGACAUUUUAAUAUUAUGUAUCAUCAUUGAAUGUAUUCAGCAUAUUCAGCACAAUUUCAUAAUGAAUCCUAAACCACCAAACCCGUUGCAUUUUACUUUAACUAUAGAGCCACAGAUAGCCAAUGAACAACUCACAGAAAGCCAGAGACAUGGUACUUGAUUUUCUUAGAAACAUUCUCCGGUUCUCGUACCCUCUACUACCGCCACUUGUUCUCAGGCUAAUUUGAUGCAGCAUAUGUUGCAUUCACCAAACUCCCUGCAAACCUGCUGAAAAGUACCCGGUUAUUGUUGUACGUACCUACUCUGUUUCAAUGCUCGUCAUAGGAUUCUCACGUGCAACGUCGGAUGCACUCGUGUAAGUAUAGCAUGCAUGUUUGUAUGCCCAUUGCUGAAUGACUCAGUCGAUCCUGAAAAGCACAUAACCGAGUGAGCGCGUAUUAUAAUGUCACUUGACAUAUUUUCCCUACUCCAAACCAUCUCUCUUCUGCGCAUUUCUCUGCCCCAUUCAAGUGAGCCGACUGGUGCUCGUUGGCGAAAAAGAAUCAGUUGAUGCACUCCUGUGCAUUUCUUGUCUUGUAUCAGGCACUUUCCCACUGUACCUUCCCUCAGCCUGCGGCGAUCGUCGGACGACGGGGUGGUGGGGCUUGGUUCACAUUUUCCACUCGUUCGUGCAGUUUGCUUAUUUAUCCUUCAUUCUUUCGUUACCACGGGUUUACUUUAGUUUGACUCUAAAAGUUCUGUUUUCUCCGACAGCAUCUUUCUACUUCUUUGACUGUUUCCAUGGAACUUUCAAAAGAAAACUUUUCACCAUUUUCCUCCCCCGGAAUACUUGUCACUUUUCCGUUUGCUCUUAAACUGUGUACACAUUCUAUAAUAUUUAUUUGUUUUCGCUCGACACAUGGCGACCUGGACACAAAACUGCUGUUGUCAGUAACUUUGUCCCGACUAUCCAUUCGCAAGGAACUCAAAUUAGUUUGUAGAGUUUGUUUUUGUGAUACGAUUUCAAGUGUUUGUAGUUGAUAUAUAGUGAAUGCGCUUGAAUUGGCCUUAUCUGCAAAUUUUCUUACUCCUCCUUUUCGUUCGAGGAAAACUCCAAGACUAAUUAUAUUUUAAUUUGUCUAAAUUGUUUUUUGCCGAAAGCUCACCUUCACAAUCAAUAAAUUUGAGAGUUCUUCAGAAACUCUUCAAUGUUAUUUUAUUUUGGAUUCAUAUAACUGAAACAAAGGGUGAUUGUUUCAAUUUAAAGAAUAAAGACCAAUCUUUGCUAUUAAGUUUUUAAAGAUUUUUAGGCUGGCCACGACUACAUUAUAGGUGAUCCAUACGAGGAGUCUAAUUUUGAAUAACUUUUUUCGAACAUAUAGCCUGGUAUCUCACCGACGCAAGUGAUGUUGUCUUCUGGUGAUUGAAUAAAUGUUAUUUUGGCAGCAUUAACAAGAGAUUCGAUAUACCUCUACACAAAAAUAAUUCAAUGGUGUCAAAUCGCACGAUCUAGGCGCCCUCAGUUCUUGAACAAGUUUGGAUUGGCGUUUAAUUGGAUUUUAUCUAAUUAGACCAUGAUAGUAAAUCAAUUCUGGAAUUAAAACAAAAUCUUUUGUCUCUAUAAUAAAUAUUCAGAAUGUUUUUGCCUUUCUAAUAUAGAUAUCAGUUAACUGGAAGUCUCCAUCUUGGAAUUCAGAACCACCUCAAACAUCGUUUUCCGACAACGACUCAUCAAACUCGUUCCGAAAAUACCCAUAUUGUAGUAAUUUACAUGGCAUAUAAAUACGCCGAAAAUGCUUUUCAUUGCAUGCAAAAACCUCUUUUUACAAAGUAGGUUCGUAAAAUAAGUUUACGUUAUUUCGGAUUUGGUUCGUAAAAAAUGAUUAAGUUAUUUGGGAUUUUGUUCGUAAAAAGAGUUACGUAAAAAGAAGUAACGUAAAAAGUUUAAGUAAACGAAGGUUUGGGUGUACAAGCUAUGCUAUUAUCCUGUUAACAUCGGUUGCAAAGUGUGAUAAACCAAAGGGUCAAGUUUUUAUUGAGAAUGUAGCAUGAACAGUAUGAUUUGCUUUUCUACUACAUAGAUGAAACAUAGAAAGAUGCUUUUUUAAAGCAACUCAACUCAACUCAAAAUCAACUGUUGCAAUUCUUGAUUUAUACGCCGACCUCACAUGUCGUCUUGCAUCUAGACUCCACUGUUUUACUUUUGCUCUCCAAUUUCCUCCCAAAAGAUUCCUUUUAUUUCUCUAUUGGCACAACUGUCGGCGGAUACCAAUGAGUUGCAAAUUUGGUGUAAGGCAUCAUUUUUCUUAAAUAGAGCGUGUAAAUUUCAUAUAUUCAGUCUUCAACGCUAAUAGAAUCAGUCCACCCCACUUUUACUUCGACCUUCAGUCCGAAGUAUUCCUCCAUCAUAAGCUCAAUGUUUCGUGUAACAAUUUCAAUGUCGUCAGUAAAGUUUAAAUUUAUUAUUCGCGACACUUUUUGAGUACUUGUAGAAUUGAUUGAUACAAAUUGACACGUUGACAUCAUGUGCAAAACAUAUAAACUAUGACUAUUUGUAAAACACAUAAAAUUCUUAUGAAUUCCAAAUAGAUUAUAAAAUAAAUGUGAAAUCUAUGAAUUUAAACUGGAAUUCAUGGAACUGGUCACAAAAAGAUGGAAGUUUGCAAUGAUUGAGCUACUACUAUAAAACAAAGCAAUGAAAAAACUUGCACUUGGAUUAUUUUUCCAAUUAAUUAAAACCUACAUCAAUUUGACAAUUUUAGUACGCACUUCACCGCAAAGCAUCGAUACUAAAGUGUGUUGUUGGCUAUUUAAAUCGUUCAUGUUUUAAUGAUAAGCCCAAAUAUUAUCGCUAGUAGUAGUUCACCUUAUCUAACUACACGCUAUCUCAAAACAUUCACAUCAAUCAAAUCUACUUUUCGCAUUUGUCUGGUAUCUGCACGUAAUGCCGCGAGUUGCACAAUAAAUAUCCUCCAACCAACAAGCAAAUUCCCGCGUAACUUUGUGCUCCCUGUACCAUAAACAUUUCCAUAUCAUUACAAAUUAAAAUCAGCAUUGAUUGCGAAAAAGCAAACGCUACCGGGGCCUAAUGACUCUCAAGAAGUGCAUUGAUCAGACUGCAAAGUGCUAGCGCUCGGAUGUGCUGGUGUGUUUGCUGAUGUGUGCAUCCCACUCUUUCCACCACACCGGGCUUCAUGUCAUUAGAUAUCACGUUAUAUGUACUAUGGAACUCGAGGACGCUCGGCGGCUCCGGGAUGAAAAUGAGAUGCUACGUUAGUUGUCCCAGCUGGAGAACUGUAGUGCAUGCACUUCGAUCAAUCUCACUAGAUUUUAUUGUGCGUGUAGAAGCAAUGGCAGCACCAACGGCAACCGUUCAAGUGUGGGUUGAUUCAGGUGGGAUGAACACAAGAAAGCAUUGCUCUCUAUUCUCUCCAACGAAGGGGUGGCCAAGUGAUUGAAAUACACACAAGAACCGAGCAAACGCUAAGGUAUAAAUAACAGGUUACAGACUUUUAGUUGGAUUGCACGAAGAACGGAGACAACACAGGCGACACUACCUGUUUUAAGGCUUUCGGUCGGCAUUCCUCGACGGUGAAGGUACCCAUAAAACGAUAUAAUGUCCCAUGCGUCAUCCUUGGCAUGCCGAAUCCGGUUUUGUAGAGUGAAAACCACCGUAUUGACACGUUAGGCUAGUACGAUUACUGCUGACGUUUUCAUCGGCAAUUUUCCGCACUCAUCCCAAAUUUUUUUUUCACGAUCGCAUCGUAUUGCAGGGUGGAAAACCUCAGCAGUGCCUCUACGUUGGUUGGAAUAGACGAAUGAGGCUGGAUUCCCUUUUUUACUGUGUUAAACGUUAUCUUACCGACUCUUGCCGUUGUUGUCAUUGAACCCCGAUGAAUGGCACAAGAAGGGACUGCCAGAAUACAGGUGGUUUAUAGCCGAGAUUGGUAUAGGUUCGAUAUAAAGCAACAGCGAAAACCCCGUAGACUGCAGUGUUGCCGUAUUUGUUGUUAGGCUGAAAGUUUUGUCAAAUUUUUGUAUUUUAUUGAUGAAAAAGUCAUGAUAACAAAUACAACUACUUCUUACUUUAAUAUAUUCUUGUAAGAAUCUUAUAACGAAUUUUUCAGACACAUAAAUAAUAUUUUUCAACACUACAUCCAACAUUGCAAAAUACUAAUCGCAUGUUCCAUGUGAAAAACACUUGAUUGAAGAACAUUUUUUCGGACUACUUGAUGUUCGAAACCCAGACCUCCUCCAUUUACUGAAAAUACUAGAAAUUAGGAAAAGAGAUUUUUACCUACUCAACAAAACAUUAUCGUUCAAAAAGUUUUUCAUUGAUGCCAUGGUUCUAGCUACGUAUGCCAAGAUUGUUCUAUUUCUGAUUUCGUUGGUUCAUGAUCAGUCGUCGUUGAUUAGUCCCACUACUUUAUCUCUAGGAUGUUUUUUUUAUUUUUGGAAAAACUCAACUGUUAGUAAAAAAAGUACGCGGUUUGUUACAUUUAAGAUAUAUCUUCAUAUCUCUUCCGCGACAUGCUAAAUGCACUUUAAAUUUAUCGUAGUAUGUAUCACUAGUAUCCCUAAUAAUAGCCUCACUUUCAAAGAAUCAGCGUUUUUAGUGUAGUUAAAGGACAGGAACUUCAAAUCGUGCGCUGGCUUGCCCGUAAGUCAUUUUCAAUAGCUCAUUUAGUUUCCUACAAAUCUCCUACUGAAAUUUGUUCAAGCUUUGUUGGUGUGUUUUCCAGUCGAAUGUGAUCAAAACAAUCUGCUAAGUAACAUAUAUUAUAAUUAUGACUAUCGGAUAGAAGCGACUCCGAAGACAACGAAGUUGAGUCCAAGACUUGAAAAAAUAAGUUCAAUGCCUUUGGCUUUCUAAAGGCAAUGUAGUUAUAGUAUUUAGAAUGAAAUUGUAUAUUUGACAACACUGCGUUGACGAAUGCACAGCAAAAAUGAAGAAAUACGACAAGUGCUCAGCCGUGGUGCACCAUUGUGAGGUGAACUAUAAUCGAAUAGAUUGUUGAAAAGCGGAAACUGGGAGGGUCAGCGAGAGCGGUUCCUAGCACUGUAAUAUGUCGAAUGACUCUGAGACCAAGAAAGCCAGUAAAACUCGAUGAAACCGAGCUGUGUACGAUCCAAUUUAUAUGUACUUUUUCAUUUAAAAAUAGUCGCUUUCAUUAGUUGGAGAGGACUCGCUUGGAUUUCUUUCUUUCCAUCACUGCUUUUCAACGGAUCAGUGUUCUGCUGCCUGGUGCACUCCUAUUACCGUCAAGUUGGUGAAUGGAAACCGACCGGGCCGGAGAGAAAGACGAAUCUGCGACAUUUCUGAAGGGGAAAUUGCUGGCGUUUUCGAGGGAGUAAGCAGGAAAAUUACCGUUCUGACCCCUUUCUGUAAUGAUGGAUGCCAUUAGAAUCAACAGUGAAUUGGUACAAACGUAUCAAGUAUCCGGCAAUACCACAGAAAAGUAUUCAAUUGAGCAAGGUAUUCAUACUGAUUAAUGAGGAAAAUGAUGCUUUUCGCCAGAAAGCAUAAAUGCGCGAUAAUUUCCUCGGCUGAUUUUUUUCAGAAUGCAACGGGUAUUCUGUAGGAAAUGUAUGGAUGUUUAAUAGAAACAAAUCAUUUGAAAACAACAUGUUUCAGACUUUUAUUCCUAGUAGUAUUAAAUUGCAGAGAAAAGGAGCAAAAACUGGAUUCAAUUUUAACCAUUUUAUGUUAUUUAAAACAAAUUAAGCAUAUUUAUCGUGUAUACCAUCUGUGCGAUAAACAAUCAAAUUUUUUUUUUAAUACAGCCGAAUAGUCGAACAUUCUGUUUCGAUUAAGUUCGUCUACGUGGAGAUUCGAUAUCGAAAUAAAAAAUUAGUAACUAAAUCUCAAAAUCGCUGAGAAGAAUAAAUUCGAACUCAUAGUACGCGGAAGCGGUGGUGUACUGAACGGGUAAUCGUCUAGUUAAAUAAUCACUUGGAUUUAAUUUCAUGAAAUUUGUUUAAACUGCUCCGAAGUCCCACUGUGUCGCCGGUUUGCAAUAGACUAUGGGAGGUAAAACGAGAAUGAAUUUCAAAUUGAAAUCAAUCCCUUUUCCCAACAAUCCUGUGACAGGACAAUGGCAAAUACUGGUGAUUGAAUGCAGCAGCGUGAACUACUAGAGUCCAACUAGAGAAGUUGUUGACAAUGACAUUUAUUAAAUUUUACGAGUGGAAUUUAGAGCAGUUCGAGGAUGGGUGACUUCUUAAUCGAUAGCGUCAAUUCAAGACGGUAAUUUUACUGAAGGACUGACUUCAUGCGGAAGCAGCAGCAACAGUAUUAGCAAAGUAGGCGAAUAACCGUGGGUCCUUUUCUAUUUGCAUUUAUGCUUUCCCAUUUCGCUCCGAUGCUCCUGUGAUGAGGCUCUCAUACCGGGCAGAGUUAGCCAAAGACGAGGGUGAAAGCCGUUGACGAAUGCCGUUCCUCAGCUAUCUAUUGCGAGUAACGAAGCGCGUCCCGUUUUCUCUACUCUUAACAACUGGUGACGAAGCGAAAUUUUUAAUGAGUAUUUACCGAAAGCAUCAAAUCAGCGUGCUUGUUUACAAUACUGAUUUAUGUUUUUUUUAUCUCAGCAGUAGGACGGCAACGGAAUAUUGGCAGACUGACUAACUGAUGUAACAUGCUAACUGAUUAUUGUGAUGAUGCUUCAAAUGUGCCAAAUUUUCAAGCUAAAGAGUCAGUGUUCUGAUCUAUGUAAUAAACCUCUUCGAUGAACCAUUCUCAGUCAUUUCUUUAACCAAAACGAAGGAAAUAGAAUUAUGUGCCAAAUUAGAUUUGAGUUAUGUUUAAGUUUUUAUCAAGUAAUAUUAUUUUCCUAGUCAAACGCGGUAAACUUUGGCCAUAUAUAGUUUCUCAAAAAGAGAGUUACUUCGUCAAAUAUACUAAAACAAAUUCUUAGCAAAUCUGUCGACGAUUGCGUUAAGGAAUACUCAAAUUUCAUCACUGUUUGAACACACGAAGAGCAAUUAAAUUGCUCUUAUGCAUACAGGGACACAUUGAUCGUCAGAAAGAUUCUUUCUUUCAAAAAUAGUCAAUGUCUGUUUUUUUUUAUAGAAAAACGUUCAAACAACAAUAUAUAACAAUUAUCAAUAUAUUUACAUUUUGAUUUGAAGGCCACCAGAAGUCGAUGACGCAAUAGUAGCUUUUAUUGACAAAAAAUCAACAAGAGAUGUUGAAUUGGAAACAAAAACUGUAUACACAUUCUCGAAAAAGAAUAAAAAAAACUGAUGACAAACACUUGGUACUUAGUUAUGACCAAGUGAAAAAAUAAAAUGAUCGAAUUUAUCGUAAAGUAAUUAUUUAAAAUAGUGACUUUAUUAUUUUGUAAUAUUUGAUUAACGGAAUACGAAAAAUCGUUAGUUUAGUGAAAAGUCAAUAUUAUUGGAAGCUGGAAAAAAUCAAUUAAUGAAACCAAAUCAUCAUACGUCAUUGUAUGUACCGAGAAGAAAAAUUAAAAUAAAAACCAUCACAAAUCAACAAUAUUUAUGCAAAUAAACAAUAAUGAAUAAUUUCUACCAGUCACACAGAAGAAUAUAAAGAAAAAACUACCCACAAAAAUGAUGAGAACCAUUAAAACAGGAAGACAAACGCGAAAUGUGCAACCAAUGAACAAGAGAAAUGAAAAAAAAAAACGAUGCUAAGAUAUAACAAGGAGAAAAUAUUUGUGCAUAAAUAGAGCUAUAUAUACAACAUAAACUGUGAAACCACUUUAGAAGAACACUGUACAUGUUAUUGUAAUCAUUUAAAA